CUCCUAAACAAUGGAUGAACCUGCUUCUUGUAUUGGUUGUGACCUACCUAUUGAAGAUGGUUCUAUUAUAGCUUUUGGUGAAUCCUUAUUUCAUUUAAAAUGCUUUGUAUGUACUAAAUGCACAAAACCUGUAGAUUGUAAUGCCAACUUAUUAUUAUUGACAGAUGGUAGACCUGUUUGUGAACAAUGUUCUUAUACUUGUACUGUAUGUAAAAAGGUUAUUCAUGACGAAGCUGUUAUGACUGGUGACGAAGUUUAUCAUGCUGAUUGCUUUCGGUGUACUUCUUGUCAUAACACGAUCGCUGAUCUUGUUUUUACUCAAACUAGCAAAGGCAUCUAUUGUACUCCAUGUUAUGACAAAAGACGGGCUGAAAAACAUAGACGAAGAGAGAAACGACAGCAGCAACGCUUACAAAACGAAAACACAAACCCUAUUCAAGAACCAAUACGAACUCGUGGUAGUUCAUUGGAUACAAUCAAACCUCGUGCAUCUCAAUCUGAAAAGAUCACUUCAUCAAAACGUAUCUCUCGUUUGGACUUUUCUUCUUCUGAUUAUCCAGCAUUGAAUCUCUCAUUCUUUGAAAAUGAUUCUGUUGAUCUUUUGAAUCUGACAAGUUCUCUAGGUGCCAAUUUAUUACUCGAUUCCAAAUUCAAUCCUUCUCCACCUGGAUCACCCUUUAUUCCACCAAAUGGAAAUACACUCAUCACUCCUAAUCCAUCCAAUUCUGUUCCUGCUGACACUCUUUCUGAUCCAUGGCCAUCUUCUUCUUCCUCUAUCAAUCGUGCAUCUGAUAUGUUACGGUCUUCCCUUAGUUUUUUGGAUUUCCCAGCUCCACCUGAACGAUCAAAUAGUUUAGAUGACUCAAAGAAAUCUCAUCAACAACUUGAAGAUGAAUUGAAACAAGCAAAAAGAAAAUUAUUCGAUAUGGAAAAAAACUUCAAUAUGAUCAAGGAUGCAAGUCAACGUGCUCUAGAUGAAUUUUCAAAUGCCAAAGAAGAAUUUGGAAAGGAAAUGAUAUUACGACAACAACAUGAAACUACCAUUGAACAACUACGAAGACAAAUGACUUUAUUACAUCAAAUGCAUGUACGACGCGGCGACUUUUUACCUUUGAAUCAAUCGGAAAUCGAAAAUGUCGCUCAAUUAAGAGUGGAAUUAGAACGUUGCUGUAAUGAUCUUAGGAUAUUUCGUGAUCGUAUGGCUAAGGAUAUUGAUAAUUUUGUUCAACAAAAACAAGCAGGACUUGUCAGUGAUCCAACAUCACAUCUGCAGGAACAACAACGGUCCAUCUUGUCAGAACUCCGAAUACUGAAAAAGGAAAGGGAUGCUUUGCGUACAGAAACAAGUGAACUGUCCAAACUGCGAGACGACGUGAUUACUGAAAUGGUGAUGCUCAAUACCAAGAAUGCAGAAUUAACGGAAAUGAACAAUGACUUAUCACGUAGAGUGAUCGAACGUGAACGAAAUACAGCCGCAAUUCUUUCCAAUACUGGUGAAAUGCAACGACAAUCAUCCGAACAUUCCCCUCAAGACGCCGUGGACAUUCAAAAAGUGGCUUCAAGAGAUAGUUACAAUGGUAUCUCGGCUCCAAAAUUAUUCAAGAUCAAAAAAGUCAAUGUCUUUGGAAAACUGAAUACGAAUGGUACACCUGCACGCAAAGAUUCUGUGAUUUCCCCUCUCAAUGGUAGCAGUCCAAUCCAUCCUUCCUCUGGUGUUUAUGAUAUGUACAACAAUGCCAGCACUCUUAGUUUUGCCAAUAAACAAGUACAAGAUGGUUCUCAUGCCUUUAUGCCUACAACCUAUUACAAAUCUACUAAAUGUGAAGGAUGUCAUGAUCGUAUGAAAUGGGGUGUAUCUGAACUUCGAUGUCAAACUUGUGGUAUGGCUGCACAUACUCGAUGUCUUGGAAGUCUUUCAGCAAGAUGUCAAGGAACUGGACUUCAACGACUAUCUAAUGAUGAUGGAAAACAAGGACAAACCAUGUUUGGAAAUGAUUUGACUGCCCAAGUGACUUUGGAACAAGGGACUAUUCCUAUAGUGGUGGAAGCAUGUAUCAAUGCUGUAGAACAACGUGGGAUGGAUUAUGAAGGUAUUUAUCGUAAAUCUGGUGGUGCGGCUCAAAUGCGAUUGAUACAACAAGGCUUUGAUCGGGGAGACAUUGAUUUAUCGGAUGAUGAUACUUUCAAUGAUAUCUGUGCUGUGACCAGUGUCUUAAAAACCUACUUUCGUGAACUUCCUGAUCCUCUUCUCACCUAUGAUUUGUAUCCCAAAUGGAUGGAAGUGGUUGCUUCACCUGAUGGACCUGACAAGACAGAAACUUUUUGUGAACUUUUACUUCAAUUACCGAAAACCAACCUUGAUACCCUUACAGCACUCAUAUAUCAUUUGAAUCGAAUUCAACAACAUCAUCAUGAAAAUUUGAUGACGAUCAAGAAUCUUGCCAUGGUAUUCGGACCCACAUUAUUACGAGAUCAAGAUGCUUCAAGGGAUUUGGUCGAUAUGGGAUUUAAAAAUGCAACUAUAGAAUAUUUGAUCACUCAUGCUUAUGAUUUGUUUUAGAAAACCUCUUUUUUUUCACCUUCUCAACUCUUAUUUUUUUUUAUCUUUAGUUUAGUUUUGACUGUGUUGUAUACCACCAGUAUUAUGUAUCAUAUCAUCUACACUUCCAUGUUAUAAUCAUUCAUUUCAUAUAAUAAAUAGUUUUCCUUUUUUUUUCCAACUUGAUUCAA